GAAAAAACAAUGUGUCGGAGGAAAGGCGCAGCCUUUCUUUUUGGUCUCCGCAACAUCACAAUCUCGGCCUUGCGCUGCCGGAGGGGUUUCCUCUUUCCAGUUAUGAGCCUUAGCUCACAGUUUCAAACUCAUCAUUUGGUUUUAACUAUCCUUGUGGUGAAUCAACUCGACACGCUUCCGAGCAAUUAGAGAAUUGACUUGAGCAUAAGGAGGAGCCGUCUCAUCUUGUCUUCUUACUUUGUCUCUUCCCACACGUUAAAGGCUUAUUGCUGUCUCUGCUUUGUCUUUUAGUUUUUUUUUUUAUUUCUAGUAUCAGAUUCUCUAUGACGGGUAUGGCACUUGAGUUAUCGGUUCUGGGUCGGUCUGUUGUCAGCACAAAAGCCUCAAACUUGAAGAGAUAUGGUCAAAAACCAAACCUUUCUGGUAGACUUCUCACGAGAGCUGCUGAGCUGCACUGCCCUGUGAUGUCGUCUAAAAACUCCACUUUGAGUUUUAGAUUCCGACGAAGCUGUGAACUUAGCAGCAGCUACAGAAGUCGCUUUAUGCUGUUUAGCUCGAGUCAAUGUCACGACGGUGGUAGUCAACGAAGUCCCGAUUCUGAGCUGGAGUGGAUUAAGGUUUUGCUGAAACGUGGGAUUGUUAUAGGAGCUGUGGUGUGUGGAGUUUACUUGUAUGGAUGUAAAAAGGUGUUGGCAUCGAGCGGUGUGGUGGAAGCAGGGUAUGAGGUGUUUGGUCAGAGCCUAGUCUUGUUCAAGAAUGCUUUGCCGAAAAUUUACCAGGUUCUUAAGGUUCUUAGAGAGCAAGGUCUUAUAUUGGCUGCACUGUUCGGCCUCUCAGCGUUCUUCUCUAUGGCAGAGACGUCCAUCACCACUCUGUGGCCCUGGAAGGUGCGUGAGCUGGCUGAGAAAGAGCCAGAGAAUGGUGUAUUCAGAAUGCUCCGUAGCGAUGUUACCAGAUUCCUGACGACUAUUCUAAUUGGAACAACUGUUGUGAAUAUUGCGGCAACUGCCCUGGUCACUGAAGCAGCAACGGCUAUAUUUGGGGAAGCUGGUGUUAGUGCAGCCACUGGACUGAUGACGGUGGCUAUAUUGCUUCUAACUGAGAUUACUCCAAAAAGUGUUGCUGUACACAAUGCUCAAGAAGUUGCAAGGAUUGUGGUCAGGCCAGUGGCGUGGCUUUCCUUAGUAUUAUAUCCUGUGGGAAGAAUUGUCACGUAUCUGUCAAUGGGAAUACUGAAACUUCUUGGUUUAAAAGGACGGAGUGAGCCAUAUGUUACUGAAGAUGAGUUGAAACUGAUGCUAAGGGGUGCAGAGUUAAGUGGCGCCAUUGAAGAAGAGGAGCAGGAUAUGAUUGAAAAUGUGCUGGAGAUAAAAGAUACACAUGUUCGAGAGGUGAUGACUCCUCUUAUUGAUGUAGUUGCUAUUGACGCCAGCGGCAGUCUAGUUGAUUUCCAUAGCAUGUGGGUGACCCAUCAGUACUCGAGGGUGCCUGUUUUUGAGCAGCGUAUAGAUAACAUAGUGGGAAUCGCAUAUGCUAUGGAUCUUCUAGAUUAUGUUCAGAAGGGUGAUCUGCUAGAGAGUACUUCUGUGGGAGACAUGGCACAUAAACCUGCCUACUUUGUCCCCGAUUCAAUGUCAGUAUGGAAUCUUCUUAGAGAAUUUCGCAUAAGAAAGGUUCACAUGGCAGUAGUCCUUAACGAAUAUGGUGGAACCAUUGGUAUAGUAACUCUUGAAGAUGUGGUGGAAGAGAUUGUUGGUGAAAUAUUUGAUGAAAAUGAUUCUAAAGAGGAGAUUCAGAAGAAGACAGGGUAUAUUGUGAUGAGAGAUGAGGGAGUCUAUGAUGUUGAUGCUAAUACAUCAAUUGAUCAGCUAUCCGAAGAACUGAAUAUAAAGAUGCCAGAGGGGAUUCAGUAUGAGACGGUCUCAGGCUUUGUGUGUGAGGCCUUUGGUUAUAUCCCAAAAACGGGAGAAAGUGUAAAGGUUGUUCUUGAGAAGGAAAAUUGGGAAGAGGAUGGUGAAGAAGAGGAAGGUAACAAACAGGAGAAGCAGGAGCAGAAGGAAAAGCACCAAAUCUAUAGAGUUGAGAUACUAGCAGGGAAUGCAAGAAAAGUGAGUGCUGUCAGGUUUGAAAGAGUCAACGACAUGGAUCAAGUGUCGGAGGCAAAAGAUGUAAGAAGCAUGGUUCCUAAGUUUGUGAGGAAAUGGAGCAGUGAAGAGGAUGAUGGGAAUUCGUCGUACCAAGAAAAAACCGAGGAUGCCGUCUCAGAUGAUGAACAUGUAGUGGCUGAUAACAGCAACAAACAACAUUGACAUUGGGUCAACAGUUCCUUUUUUUUCUUUUUUUUUCUUUUUUUUUCUUCAAUAUGCUGCAUUUUUUUUUUCAAUUCUUCUUUUGAAAAGGAAAGAGGAACAACUACGGACGGACAUUAGAGAUGUCAGAGCUCUUUAACCUAAAAUAAGAAGUCAACUCACAAAUACAACAAGCUUUCUUCUUUGCUUGAAUGUAAUAAUCAGAUAGAACCCACAAACAAAACAGGAGAAAAUAUGAGUGGUUUGAUCA